AUGACUGUAAACUCGGGAGUCAGGAAUGAGUUUCUAAGGGAUAUUUCGCUGACAUGCAUGAUCUCUGUACACACUUGUACAUCUUCGUGGUCACUAAUAGUUACCAUUUUCCGCCACAACGAAGGUCCUCCAAGUAUUCCAUCUCAGUUCAAAGCGGGGAGCGAUGAUCCACACUCGGUGCGUCUGUCGUGGAUGGAGGAAUUUAACGGAGGGGCAGCGCAGAUGUUCCUUGUCCACUACAUGAAACACAAGACCAAGGAGGCGGCGAACCGCACCGGACGCUACACGGAGAAAGGUCUGCACGCAAAACACACGGCGGUGAUACCACAACUAGAACCAGACACUCGCUAUCUCGUCAAGGUGCUGGCGUAUAACGUGUAUGGAUACAGGGACUUUACUGUGGAACUUGGGGUUGUCACCGCUGCCAUACCAGAUCCGUUAAACUCAGCAGGCGUGGGUGUAGCCAUUGGGUUGGCUAUAGAUGUUGUCUUGGCGCUCAUUGUUGGAGCAAUAUUCCUCGUUUACCGACGAAUCAAAACAGGUAGUGUAAAUCUAUCAAGCUCUCGCAAAUCCAGAAUUUCUCAUACUGAAGUCGAAAAUGAUGAUCCUCUGGAAAAACAAAGUGAGACUUCGGGCAAACAGUUGUCACGGACAUCAAACCCGUAUGCUGCACUCGGGACCAGAGAGCAAAAUGUGUAUGAAGGUCUUGGAGAUCCGAACAAAAAAGGUGAGGCGCAGGACAAGAAACUGCCACAUGAAUCGAAUCCGUAUUCUGCACUUGGAGCCAGAGAGAAAAACCUGUAUGAGGGUAUUGGAGACCAAAACAAAACGGACAACCAGCCGUCAGAAACACCAAAGCCGAAUGCAGCACCCGGGACCCCAGAGCAAAACCCUUAUGAUGAUCUUGAAGAUACGAAUAAGAAAGACAACCAGCCGUCAGAGACUCCAAAGCCAGAUGUAGCACCCGGGAUCCUAGAGCAAAACCCUUAUGAUGAUCUUGAAGAUCCCAAUAAGAAAGGUGAGGCGCAGGACAAGAAACUGCCACAUGAAUCGAAUCCGUAUUCUGCACUUGGAGCCAGAGAGAAAAACCUGUAUGAGGGUAUUGGAGACCAAAACAAAACGGGUAUACAUCACACACGGGCAUUAAUUUGGUACCUACAUGUACCAGAAAGUGUGAUGUUAAAAGACGCCUUGGCUGCCGCUCUUCCGUAG